CCAAAACUUGCCGGGAAGAGAGUGCACGCUGAGAACUAUCUGCGAGGCGAGAACUUUGUUGGGUCCACCUGGCGAUUCCUUCGUGGAAGAUGCCCUUCGAUUGAUAUUAAGGAAUCUCGAUCAUGAAUCGAAAUGAAGCGUGUUGCUUCCUACUUUUGAUUCUCUGCACUGUGCUGAGCGAUUAUCGAGUCAAUUCCGACAGCGACGCCCGUUUAUCCAGGAGAAGGAGAUAUGUUGUUUUUCCCGAGGGUUCAACUUUCUCCAUCGCUCUUUGCGUGACGGUGCACACUGUGACACCUGACAACAUCUUCACGGAGGGCAUCAAUUGGGGCAUCUCUUACGACUUGCCUAACGAAAGCAAACCGGCCCUCGAACCGUUCUUACAAUUGAGACACGACCAAGUGAAACCGGCGAAGAAAUACGGGAGCCAAUACGCGACAAGCGACAAGAACGUGGUCAAAUAUUCGGGAUGGAACAGUGACAAAUAUUACGUGAAACCCGGGAAAAGGAAAUAUCUCAAGCCUGACUAUUAUUAUCUGCAACGUAGACAUCGACGGGAACUUUACAACAAACUGGAGACCAUUAUGAAUGCGAUGAAUUUCGACGGCAGAACGUGUAUCCUUCGCGCCCUCUGCGAGGCCUCGCAACGAUUGCUUCCGAAAGGGAACACCCUGGUCGAGGAAAUGAUGAGGAUAUCGUUCUCCUUCCCUUUGAAACGGUUGUUCGAUCACGAGCCGAAGGAGUAUCACGCGUACAGCAGGGCACGGAAAGCGGGGCACGAGGGGCACGACUGCGCCGCCAUGUUCGCCGGAUGCAGCUUCUCCCUGAUCGACAUGGCCCUCGGGAAAUACGACGCGGCUGAGAGCCCUCCGCUUCCGCCCGGGUACACGGACGAAUCUUACUCUUACGGGGGCUGGGCCAGGUACAACAUGAAAUAACGGAGAUGCCGGAUCCCAGCUACCUGAAAGAAGGGUGAAUUUCAAGGGAGCGGGAAAUCGGUCGGUUGGUUCGAUUCGGAA